AGAGUUCGAAGUGGCAGAAGUUGUAGUCAUGUACCUGCACUGCGGUGUUGUUGAGGAUAUGGAUUCACUGUCCAGCUGGUGGAACGGGAAUGUGGAGUCACUUUUGGACAACCACAGGUGGCAGUACGCACAGACGGGCAACACGCUGAUUCAGCUGCCAGGAUUUCGCAGGAAUGAAGAGAUGAAGGCCAUGGAAGUUUUGCCCAUUUUAAAAGAAAAAGUGGCCUUCUUGUCAGGUGUGUUUGACGCAAAAGUAACGUAACUCAUUACUUUCCCAUCACGAACCAACCAUGACCGAAUACGACACGAGGAUCUCCGCAGACUCAUCGCCUACCUCGCCGGCAUCCCUAGCGAGGACGUGUGCAAACAUGGCUUCACGGUCAUCGUGGACAUGCGUGGCUCCAAAUGGGAUUCCAUCAAGCCUCUGCUGAAGAUCCUGCAGGAAUCGUUUCCCUGCUGCAUCCACGUCGCCCUCAUCAUCAAACCAGACAACUUCUGGCAAAAACAGAGGACCAACUUUGGCAGCUCCAAGUUUGAGUUUGAGACCACCAUGGUUUCCCUGGAGGGCUUAUCUAAGGUGGUAGACCCAUCCCAGUUGACGCCCGACUUUGAGGGCAGCCUGGACUACAACCAUGAAGAGUGGAUCGAGAUCCGCGUGGCCUUCGAAGACUUCAUGGGCAAUGCUCGGCACCUGCUCGCCCGUCUGGAGGAGAUGCAGGAAACGGUCACACGUAAAGACUUCCCACAGGACUUAGAGGGAGCCCGGCGCAUGAUAGAGGAGCAUGCAGCGCUGAAGAAGAGGGUGAUGAAGGCUCCCGUGGAGGAGGUGGACAAUGAGGGCCAAAGGCUGCUGCAAAGGAUUCAAAGCAGCGAGAGCUACGCUAACCGAACUGUGCCAGUGCCGCCAGGGCAGAGGGAAGGGCAGGGACAACCCAACGCUGACACCCAGGGCCUGGUGCCCCGUAUUUCAGCCCUGCUGGAGAAACUACACAGCACUAGGCAGAACCUGCACCAGGCCUGGCACAUCCGCAAGCUGCAGUUGGAUCAGUGUUUCCAACUCAGGCUUUUCGAGCAGGAUGCUGAAAAGAUGUUUGACUGGAUCAUGCACAACAAAGGGCUGUUUCUGGCUGGAUACACUGAGAUCGGCAACAACCACCCCCACGCCAUGGAGCUGCAGACCCAGCACAACCACUUUGCCAUGAACUGCAUGAAUGUUUAUGUAAACAUAAACCGCAUCAUGUCGGUGGGGAACCGUCUGCUGGAGGCGGGCCACUAUGCGUCCCAGCAGAUCAAACAGAUCUCAGGUCAGCUGGAGCAGGAGUGGAAAGCCUUUGCUGCUGCGCUGGACGAGAGGAGCGCCCUGCUGGAGAUGUCUGCUACUUUCCACCAGAAAUGCGACCAGUAUAUGAGUAAUGUGGACUCAUGGUGUAAAGCAUGUGGGGAGGUGGAUCUGCCCUCUGAGCUACAGGACCUGGAGGACGCCAUCCACCAUCACCAAGGCCUGUAUGAGCAAAUCACCGCUGCCUACUCUGAGGUGAGCCAAGACGGAAAAGCCUUAUUGGACAAACUUCAGCGCCCCUUGACCCCUGGCAGCGCUGAUUCGCUGACGGCUUCUGCCAAUUACUCCAAGGCGGUGCACCAUGUUUUGGACAUUAUCCAUGAGGUUCUGCAUCACCAGAGGCAGCUGGAGAACAUCUGGCAGCACCGUAAGGUCCGGCUGCACCAACGUCUGCAGCUGUGUGUAUUCCAGCAAGACGUUAAGCAGGUUCUUGACUGGAUUGAGAACCACGGUGAGGCGUUUCUCAGCAAACACACAGGAGUGGGGAAAUCUCUGCAUCGCGCUCGAGCCCUGCAGAAACGUCAUGAAGACUUUGAGGAAGUUGCUCAGAAUACAUACACGAAUGCUGAUAAGCUGCUUGAAGCUGCGGAGCAGUUGGCCCAGACAGGUGAGUGUGACCCAGAGGAGAUCUAUCAGGCCGCCCAUCAGCUGGAGGACCGGAUCCAGGACUUUGUAAGGCGUGUGGAGCAGCGAAAAGUCUUGCUAGACAUGUCAGUGGCUUUCCACACUCAUGUUAAGGAGCUGUGGACGUGGCUGGAGGAGUUGCAGAAGGAAUUGUUGGACGAUGUGUAUGCCGAGUCGGUGGAGGCCGUUCAGGACCUGAUCAAGCGUUUCGGGCAGCAGCAGCAGACCACACUGCAGUUCACCGUAAAUGUCAUUAAAGAGGGAGAGGAUCUCAUUCAACAACUCAGAGACUCGGCCAUCUCCAGCAAUAAGACCCCUCACAACAGCUCCAUCAACCACAUCGAGAGCGUCCUGCAGCAGCUGGAUGAGGCUCAGGCUCAGAUGGAGGAGCUCUUCCAGGAGAGGAAGAUCAAACUGGAGCUUUUCCUUCAGCUCAGGAUCUUUGAGAGGGAUGCCAUUGAUAUUAUCUCAGAUCUCGACUCAUGGAACGAGGAGCUGUCACAGCAGAUGAAUGACUUUGACACAGAAGACCUGACGCUGGCCGAACAGAGACUGCAGCACCACGCUGAUAAAGCCCUGACCAUGAACAACCUUGCCUUCCAUGUCAUCCACCAGGGCCAGGAACUGCUGCAGUACGUCAACGAGGUGCAGGCGUCUGGUGUCGAGUUGCUGUGUGACCGUGAUGUGGACAUGGCCACCCGUGUACAUGAUCUGCUGGAGUUUCUACAUGAGAAGCAACAAGAGCUGGACGUGGCCGCAGAGCAGCACCGCAGACACCUGGAGCAGUGUGUGCAACUGCGCCACCUACAGGCAGAAGUCAAACAGGUUCUGGGUUGGAUCCGUAAUGGCGAGUCAAUGCUGAAUGCAGGUCUGAUUACGGCCAGUUCACUUCAAGAAGCUGAGCAGCUACAGAGAGAGCACGAGCAGUUCCAGCAUGCUAUCGAGAAAACCCAUCAAAGCGCCCUACAGGUCCAGCAGAAAGCCGAGGCCCUGCUGCAGGCUAAUCACUACGACAUGGACAUGAUCCGAGACUGCGCCGAGAACGUGGCCUCCCACUGGCAGCAGCUCAUGCUGAAGAUGGAAGACCGGCUCAAGCUGGUCAACGCAUCUGUGGCCUUCUACAAGACCUCCGAACAGGUGUGCAGUGUGUUGGAGAGUCUAGAGCAAGAGUACAAGCGUGAGGAGGACUGGUGCGGUGGAGCGGACAAACUUGGGCCCAACUGUGAAACCGACCACGUCACCCCCAUGAUCAGCAAGCAUCUGGAGCAGAAAGAGGCCUUCCUCAAGGCAUGCACCUUGGCUAGACGGAAUGCCGACGUGUUCCUAAAAUACAUGCACAGAAACAGUGUCAGCAUGCCGGGGAUGCUGAGUCACGUCAAAGCACCAGAGCAGCAGGUCAAAAAUAUCCUGAAUGAAUUGCUGCAAAGGGAGAAUCGGGUCCUGCACUUCUGGACCAUGAGGAAGAGAAGGCUGGACCAGUGUCAGCAGUAUGUGGUGUUUGAACGCAGUGCCAAACAGGCUCUGGAGUGGAUCCAUGACACCGGUGAGUUCUAUCUGUCCACACACAUCUCCACUGGCUCCAGCAUCCACCACACACAGGAGCUUCUGAAGGAGCACGAAGACUUCCACAUCACAGCCAAGCAAACUAAAGAGCGGGUGAAGCUGCUGGUACAGUUAGCGGAUGGUUUCUGUGAUAAGGGUCACUCCCAUGCCGCUGAGAUUAAGAAAUGGGUCACGGCCGUGGACAAACGCUAUCGAGACUUCUCCCUUCGCAUGGACAAGUAUCGCACGUCUCUAGAGAAAGCCCUCGGCAUCUCCACAGACUCAAACAAAGCAAGUAAAGACCUGCAGUUGGACAUCAUCCCAGCCAGUGCUCCAGGGUCAGAGGUCAAACUCAGAGAUGCUGCCCACGAGCUUAACGAAGAGAAGCGCAAGUCUGCCCGCAGGAAGGACUUCAUCAUGGCUGAGCUGAUCCAGACAGAAAAAGCUUAUGUACGAGACUUGAGAGAGUGCAUGGAUACAUAUCUGUGGGAGAUGACCAGUGGCGUGGAGGAAAUCCCACCAGGGAUCGUUAAUAAAGAGCAUAUCAUUUUUGGUAACAUGCAGGACCUCUACGAGUUCCAUCACAAUAUAUUCCUCAAAGAGCUGGAGAAGUAUGAGCAGCUUCCUGAAGAUGUGGGCCACUGUUUUGUGACUUGGGCCGAUAAGUUCCAGAUGUAUGUGAACUACUGCAAGAACAAACCAGACUCCACUCAACUUAUUCUUGAGCAUGCUGGAGGAUAUUUUGACGAAAUCCAACAGAGGCAUCGCCUGGCCAACUCCAUCUCAUCAUACCUCAUCAAACCUGUUCAGAGAAUAACCAAGUACCAGCUGCUCCUCAAGGAGCUCCUGACUUGUUGCGAGGAAGGCAAAGGUGAAAUCAAAGAUGGCCUGGAGGUUAUGCUCAGUGUUCCCAAGAGAGCCAACGACGCCAUGCACUUGAGCAUGCUGGAAGGAUUUGACGAGAACAUUGAGUCCCAGGGAGAACUGAUCCUGCAGGAGGCGUUCCAGGUGUGGGAUCCCAAGACUCUGAUCCGUAAAGGACGGGAACGUCACCUGUUCCUCUUUGAGAUGUCACUGAUCUUCAGCAAGGAGGUUAAAGAUUCCAAUGGCAGGAGCAAGUACAUCUACAAGAGCAAGCUUUUUACCUCUGAACUGGGUGUUACUGAGCAUGUGGAAGGUGAUCCAUGUAAAUUUGCCCUCUGGGUUGGCCGGACCCCAACUUCAGACAACAAGAUUGUCCUCAAGCUAAGUCAGGGAUGCAAACAUGGAUCCAUGGCGUCCGGUAUUGAGAACAAACAGGACUGGAUAAAGCACAUCCGUGAAGUGAUUCAGGAGCGCACUGUGCAUCUGAAGGGGGCUCUGAAGGAGCCCAUUCACAUCCCCCAACCUUCCACAGCCAAACACAAGGGACGCAGAUACACCCCCAUUGCAGAUGCAGCUUGUUCCACCACCAUCGGAAAACUUUGGGACGAGGAAUUCAAAGCAGGCUUUAUCGAGGUUUUGAAAUCCGAGAAAUUCGGCGCAUCUGUGGAUCUCCAGGAUGUUUUCUUUCGUGAAGUGAAGUUUUGCAGUUUGUCAGGUGGUUGUGAGCUCACAGUGGUCAUCCAUGACUUCAUGGCCGGUAACAGUAAUGAACUGACAGUGCGAAGGGGACAGACAGUGGAGGUACUAGAAAGGCUCCACGAUAAGCCGGACUGGUGCUUGGUGCGGACCAUUGACCGUUCCCCUGCCCUGGAGGGCCUGGUGCCCUGCGCCAUGCUCUGCAUUGCCCACUCCCGCAGCAGCAUGGAAAUGGAGGGCAUCUUUAACCACAAAGAUGCGCUCUCUGUGUGCAGUAACGAUGCCAUCUUGUCAGGCUCCUCUGCCACCCUACAACCAGGUCAUGUGAUGGGCUCCCAGAGUUCCCCUGGGCCCAAACGCACUGGCAAUACAUUAAGGAAAUGGCUGACCAGCCCUGUGAGGCGACUCAGCAGUGGUAAAGCCGACGGCCACGUGAAAAAGCUGGCGCACAAACACAAGAAGAGCCGUGACGUCAGAAAGAGCGCCGACGCAGGCUCACAGAAAGACUCGGACGACAGCGCAGCCACGCCACAGGAUGAGACUCUGGAAGAGAGGGUGCGUAACGAGGGUCUAAGCAGCGGGACCCUCUCCAAAUCAUCAUCAUCAGGUAUGCAGAGCUGUGGAGAGGAAGAGGGAGAGGAAGGAGCUGAUACUGUGCCUCUUCCUCCACCCAUGGCCAUCCAGCAGCACAGCCUCCUCCAGCCGGACGCACAGGAUGACAAGCAUUACGUUGAUUUGUGUCCUGUCUAUGUUUUAUCUCAGUUCCCAUACCUCUCCAUCGCUCUGGAGGACAGACCCAGCUCUUUGUCUAUGGAGCAAGGGGACAGCAGCAGCCCCUCUUUCAACCCAUCUGAUAACUCCCUUCUCUCCUCCUCCUCUCCGAUCGAUGAGAUAGAGGAACGCAAGACCGGCUUUCUCAAGAGACGGCAUUACGUUCUACUGGAACUGAUCGAGACAGAGAGGGACUAUGUGAGAGAUCUCAGUUUGGUCGUGGAGGGCUACAUGACCAGGAUGAGGGAAGAUGGAGUUCCAGAUGAUAUGAAAGGAAAAGACAAAAUAGUUUUUGGAAACAUUCAGCAGAUAUACGACUGGCACAAAGAUUUCUUCCUGGGAGAGCUUGAAAAGUGCCUUGAGGUUCCUGACCGGCUGGGCCCUCUCUUUGUCAAACAUGAGCGAAGACUGCACAUGUACAUUGUUUACUGUCAGAACAAACCUAAAUCUGAGCACAUUGUCUCAGAGUAUAUCGACACCUAUUUUGAGGAUCUGAAGCAGCAUCUGGGUCACAGGCUUCAGAUCACUGAUCUGCUCAUUAAACCUGUGCAGAGAAUCAUGAAGUACCAACUGCUGCUUAAGGAUUUCCUUAAAUUUUCCAAAAAAAUCGGAAUUGAUUCAGUAGAAUUGGAGAGAGCGGUUGAGGUCAUGUGCAUUGUACCAAAAAGAUGCAAUGACAUGAUGAAUGUUGGUCGACUCCAGGGAUUUGAUGGAAAGAUCAUUGCUCAGGGGCGUCUCCUCCUGCAGGACACCUUCAUGGUGGCUGAACCGGAUGGAGGCCUGCUGAACAGAAUGAAGGAGAGAAGAGUCUUCCUCUUUGAACAGAUUGUCAUCUUCAGUGAACCUUUAGAUAAAAAGAGGGGCUUCUCGAUGCCUGGCUACCUGUACAAAUACAGCAUCAAGGUGAGCUGUCUGGGGAUUGAGGAAUGUGUGGAUGGAGACCCAUGUAAAUUCGCACUGACCUCCAGAACAUCUAAUGGCAGCAAAGAGGCCUUUAUUCUGCACUCAAGCCAUCCUGGAGUACGACAAGUCUGGAUGCUGCAGAUCAGUCAAAUCCUGGAGAGUCAACGCAAUUUCCUCAAUGCACUUAAAUCUCCCAUAGACUACCAGAGGAACCAUGUCGAGGGGCCUGGUAUCUCAGGCAACAGCGUACAGGCUGGAAGUAGUGGGGGUCAGGUUAUGGCCCCCGGAGGAGGUGGAGGGGCCCCGGCUGGGUCGGGUUCCCGCUCCCGUCCCUCCCGCAUCCCCCAACCCUCGCGCUUGCCUCAGCCAUUCCGUCAUCACUCUCCUGCGCUGGGGCCCGGAGCCCACGAGCCUGACGGCCUCGACAAAAUAUCAGGUAUGUCCCCAAGACCUCUCUCCAGGGGUCCCUCACCCUCUUGCACCACAGAGCCUGAUCCAAAGGUGAAGGUUCCUGCAAGCCCUCACCCCAAACAGACAGACUCUACAGAAAGCACUUCCAAAGAUAGCAGGGAUGGAGCCGGCACGGUCCAAAUCCCUCGAGCCACUGUGGCCCCGCUAGCACUGGUCAAACCCAGACCUGGAACGGUCUCGCCCAUGGCCUCCCCAUUAGCCACACCAGCUUUCAAAGACUCCAUCCCACCCUGCAGUCCUGGGCCAAAGACGGGCGGCAGCUCUACCUCGUUCUGGAGCUCCGUUCCUGCAUCCCCUGCCAGCAGGCCUGGUUCCUUUACUUUCCCCGGGGAAGCAUGUGACACACUGGGACGGCAAAAUCCGAACCAAAGUCACCGGCAUUCCACCCACAGUAAGGACGCAGACCGCAUGAGUACCUGCUCUUCUGCAAGUGAACAAUCUGUCCAGUCCACUCAGAGCAACGGGAGUGAAAGCAGCAGCAGCAGUAAUAUCUCCACCAUGUUGGUGACUCAGGACUAUGUGGCUCUGAAAGAGGAUGAGAUAAAUGUAGGUCAGGGGGAGGUGGUGCAGAUCCUGGCCUCCAAUCAGCAGAACAUGUUCUUGGUGUUUCGUGCCGCUACCGACCAAUGCCCAGCCGCCGAGGGCUGGAUCCCUGGAUACGUGCUGGGCCACACCUCCGCCAUUAUCCCUGAUGUACCAGAGGGGACCAUUAACAGGAAAUCAUCAUCAUGGCAUACAUCCCUCCGUAUUCGUAAGAAGUCAGAGAAAAGAGAGAAGGAAAAUAAAAAGGAGGCCAAGCUUGAAAAUGGAUACAGGAAAUCCAGAGAGGGACUAACCAACAAGGUCUCUGUAAAGCUUCUAAAUCCCGAUUAUAUCUAUGAUGUUCCCCCGGAGAUCCUCAUCCCGCUGAGUGAUGUGACCUGUGAUAAAGGGGAGUGUGUCACUCUGAGGUGUAAAGUGUGUGGCCGCCCCAAAGCCACAGUCACAUGGAAGGGACCCGAUCAGAAAAUACUCACCAACAACGGCCACUUUAGCGUAGCUUACAGUGAGACUGGCGAGGCCACUCUGCGUAUCGUAGGUGUGACCUCAGAGGAUGAUGGCAUGUACACCUGCAUUGCAACGAAUGACAUUGGCAGUGUGACAUCAUCAGCCAGUCUCAGAGUUUUGGGAACUACUAGUGAUGGAAUCCGGGUCAUGUGGAAAGACAACUUUGAGUCCUUCUACAGUGAGGUAGCAGAGCUGGGCAGGGGAAGGUUCUCUGUAGUAAAACGCUGUGACCAGAGGGGAUCAAAGCGCACCGUAGCAGUCAAGUUUGUGAAUAAGAAACUCGUGAAACGAGACCAGGUCACCCACGAGUUUAGCGUCCUACAGAGACUCCAGCACCCUCACCUAGUCAGACUACUGGACACCUUUGAGACCUCCAGCAGCUAUGCACUGGUCCUUGAGAUGUCUGAUCAGGGCCGUCUACUGGACUACAUUGUGAGCUGGGGGAACCUCACUGAGGAAAAAGUGGCCUUUUACCUCCGAGACAUUUUAGAAGCUUUGCAAUACCUGCACAACUGCAGAAUAGUUCAUCUGGAUUUAAAGCCUGAAAACCUUGUGGUGGACCAGAGCCCCUCCCAGCCGAUGGUGAAGCUGACUGAUUUCGGCGAUGCGGUGCAGCUGAACUCGACUCCCUAUGUUCACCCACUGCUGGGUAGCCCAGAGUUUGCGCCCCCCGAGCUGGUUCUCGGGGAUCCUGUCUCUCUCUCCUCUGACUUAUGGAGUCUGGGCGUGGUGACGUACGUGAUGCUGAGUGGGGCGUCUCCGUUCUUGGACGAGAGUGUGGAGGAGACGUGCCUCAACAUCUGCCGCCUAGACUUCAGCUUCCCCGACGACUACUUCCAGGGUGUGAGCCAGGCAGCACGGGAUUUCGUGUGCCUGCUUCUCAGGACCGAACCUUCCAAGCGGCCCCCGGCCGCCACCUGCCUGCAAGAUCCCUGGCUGAGACCCGGAGGUGGCCGUCGCUCGGCUGAAUGCAUCGAUACCUCUAGACUCAUCUCUUUCAUCGAUCGGCGCAAACACCAGAACGACCUGCGGCCUCUUGGAGGCAUAAGGGCCUUCCUGCAAAGCAGGCUACAGCCCAGGAUCUGACCCGAGAAACAUGAUCUCAUACUCUUUCUGAUGCCAAUUAAGAAGACUUCAGUCCUGAGCCUAUCAAAAUGUGUGCUGACAACCAUCUGCCAAUCAGAGCCUUCGUCGGCAGACGAGAUUUUAGAUUGAUAGUCCUCUCCCAGUUUGAUGCUGCCUUGUUUCCAGUUUAAUGAAGACUUUUAUGCAGAGAUUAAAACAAUGGAAUAUAAAUAUAUAUAUAAUAUUUCUCUGAUUUGCUGAAUGAUCAACAAAUCUACAUAAAUGAAAUAAUAUUUUGUGUAGAACAAAUGUACCUGCACAAACGUGGCAGAGGUUUUUGAAGAAAGCGAUGCAAAUGCAAUUUAGCAAGGAGAACAACCUUUUUUCCCUGUCUGUUUUGCCUGAGCCAGAGAGCAAGCGGCUGUUUUUGUGCUUUUACAAUAUUCGACUCUGAACAUUUUUUAAUGAACCUUUAGAGAAAAAUGAAAAGCGCAUAAUAAUUAUGACAUUUUCAGGUACAUCCUUCAAUAAAAUCAGUUACAUCAACUCAGUCUGGAUGAACGCAACACAAAUCGUGAGCAAAUGAGUAGUUGAAGCGUUUUAAGUGAGCUUGUUUUGGUCUCAUAGUGUAAUUUGUUGCUUAUUUCAACAAUGAUGAUUCCGCCACGUUUAGCUGCGAAAUUUUUAACGGCUGCUUUUUAUUUACUACGACUAGAACAAAUUGUGUUGUGCAAUCUACAGAUAUAUACGCCUUAUUCUAUACUAUGUGUCUGCCCUCUUUCUUUCUUUUUAAAUGCAAUGUCACAAGGGUGGAGAGCAGAACUCCAAUGCCAGACAUCUGAGCUCAUCAGCUUCAGACAGGACAGCAUUGAACAAUGACUGAAUACUGUAAAUGCACUCACGUUGUAUCCGCUUCUUAUCACGUGCAAUGUUGCAGUUUCGAUUGUUUAUGCAACUAUUUAUGAAGACAUUUGUUGUACCUUUAAUAAAAACGUAGAAUAGCACGUACUCUGUACUGCAGUUCUGCUAUUGUUAAUUUAAUCGGGUCUUUGUAUCAUUAAGUAUUAAAGCCCUGUCAUCCUACAGGGUUGUUGUCUACAUGGCACUUUUCUGUUGAUAUAC